UGGGGGGCCCUGGCCGACUGCUACGUGCGCUGCGGCCACCUGGAGAAGGCCCGGGAUGUGUACGAGGAGGCCGUGCAGACGGUGAUGACCGUGCGGGAUUUCACGCAGGUGUUUGACAGCUACGCGCGCUUCGAGGAGAGCGUCAUCGGCGCCCUGCUGGACACCCAGGCCCAGCUGGGCCGGGGCCAGGACGAGGAGGUGGAGCUAGAGCUGCGCCUGGCGCGCUUCGAGCGCCUCAUGGCGCGGCGGCCGCUGCUGCUCAACAGCGUGCUGCUGCGGCAGAACCCCCACAACGUCCACGAGUGGCACAAGAGGGUGGCCCUGCACCAGGGACAGCCUGACAAGAUCAUCCAGACCUUCACAGAGGCCGUCCGCACUGUGGAUCCCCAGCGCGCCACCGGCCGCCCCCAUGAGCUCUGGGUGGCCUUCGCCCGCUUCUACGAGGACAACGGGCAGCUGGACGAUGCCAGGUCCAUCCUGUCGCGGGCCACGCGGGUGCGGUUCCGGCGCGUGGAGGAUUUGGCCGCGGUCUGGUGUGAGUUCGGAGAGCUGGAGCUGCGCCACCAGCGACACCAGGAGGCCCUGAGGGUGCUGCGGAAAGCCACGGCGCUCCCAGCCAAACGCGCCGAGUACUUCGACAGCUCGGAGCCCGUCCAGAACCGGCUCUACAAAUCCCUCAAGGUGUGGUCCAUGCUGGCCGACCUGGAGGAGAGCCUGGGCACCUUCCAGUCGACGCGUGCGGUCUAUGAGCGCAUCCUGGACCUGCGCAUCGCCACCCCCCAGAUCGUCAUCAACUACGCGCUGCUGCUGGAGGAGCACGGCCGCUUCGAGGACAGCUUCAAGGCGUACGAGCGCGGCAUCGCGCUGUUCCGGUGGCCGCACGUGGGGGACCUGUGGCUCACGUACCUGUCCAAGUUCGUGGCCCGCUACGGUGGCCGGAAGCUGGAGCGGGCACGGGACCUCUUCGAGCAGGCACUGGAC